AUGGGGUUUGAGGAGGGGUUGAUCGCUUCUGCCAGCGCCAUCAACGAGCUCCGAGAGUCGCUGGAAGAGGAGGGCGUGUCUGAAAUCAAGGUGGCUGGACCCGUGGCCAGCUUCACUGUGACCACAGAGGACGGCACCGCCUACCCUUUCACUGCCACGUUCAAGGAGCAUGGGGCCGCAUCCCUGGCGUGCCCCAGCCGGGCGCCGCGCGGCCUGGCCAAGGCAAACGGCAAGCUGGCGGCCAAGAGCAGCCUGGCCAAGGCGGUGGCAGCCGCCGGGCGCUGCGUAGCGGUGGACCUGGAGUGGGUGUUUGAGGCGGAGGGCGACGGCGGAGGCAGCGAUGAGGAGAUGGCGGAUGCCUCGGAUGGCGGCAGCGGCGACGAGGAGGACAGGGAGGCGGAUGAGAUGCUGCGGGAGUGGUCAAAGCGGCUGGUCAAGGUGGAGCGCGUGGAGCGGGAGAUAGAGGAGAAGGAGGAGUUUACCGACAUUUCGGGGGACCUGGAUGCACUGCAGCAGCGGCAGAUCUUUGACUCUCGCUCCGCCUUCCGACGCCUGGCCAACGAGCUGGAGGAGAUCUUCAAGGCGCAGGAUUUCAACAUGGUGGCAGAGGCGUUUGACGCGCCUGAGGGCCUCUACCGCUGGCAUGUCACCCUGGGGGGCUUCGACCCGGCCUCGCCCCUGGCUCAGGACAUGCAGCAGGCGGGGCGGCGCUUUGGCAGCAGCAGCGUGCAGAUGCACAUCGUGUUCAAGCGCCCGCUCCACCCUUUCUACCCGCCCUCGGUGCAGCUGGUCAGCCCGCGCUUCCAGGGGCCCAUCCUGGGCGCCGUCGCCUCCCACCCGCUAUUUGCCAUCAAGGGGUGGGACCCCACGCUGAGCGCCCGCGACGCCCUGCUCCUGCUCAAGCAGUUCCUGGAGGAGCAUGCGCGCGUGGAUUUUGCCUCGGCUCGCAACGCGGGGCCCUAUGCCUACCUGCCUGUGGAGGGGCUGCUGGCCAAGCUGGAGGCGCUGACGGGGACGGCGGCGGCGGCGCAGAGCCUGAGCCAGUACCAGGAGAUGUACAGGAUGCGCGAGGCGCAGGCAGUGCGGCAGCUGGCCGGCACCGACGCCCAGCAGGCUCCUCAGGCCCAGCAGCAGCAGCAGACAGAGCAGCAGCAGCAGCAGACCCAGCAGCAGCAGCAGCAGCAGCAGCAGCAGCCGGCCAAGAAGCAAAAGUCGGGCGUGGGGGCGGUGGCGUGGAAGGCAGGCACCGGCUUUGGCCACAGGGGAGAGGUCAACGCGCAAGUGUGGGAUGCCCGGCGCUCGGAGGCGGCGGCCCGCGACCGGGAGCUGGCCGACGUGCUGCAGCAGCUGGCUCAGGAGCUGAGCGCCAACCUGUUGCCCAGCGCCAGCGAGCGAGGACCGCGCCCGACUGCAUCGCCGCCGUCUCCACCUCCCUGCCUGGCGCCCUACCUCACGCAGGAGCUGUCGGCGGCCUCCUUCCAGGACAUGGCCCGCCAGGUGCGGGCGGUGACCAAGUUCUACCACACGCUGCUGCAGUGCGUGGAGGCGCUGUGCGAGGACCGCGCCACGUCGGCGCUGCUGACCUGGCACGCCACGCACAGCGCCAGGAGCGUCGCCUCCGCCAUCGCCCAGCUGGAGGCGCAGGUGACUCACUUUGUGCGUGUGUACAAGCAGGCGGCAGCGGCCACCGCGGCGGCGUGCGCGGGCAGCAGCAAGGGCGCCCGCGGCGGCAUCAAGGGGGAGUCUGAGGAGGACAAGCAGGAGGUGGAGCUGGCCAACCACCUGCUGGAGGCGGCGGCCAAGGUGGCGGCCGCGGCGCCCGCCGCCGUGCACGCGGGACGCGGCGGCGCCGCCCCUGGAGCAGCGGCGGCGGGGGAGACGGCAGGAGGAGAGGGAGGGGCGGGGCCGUCGGGACAGGGCGGCGCAGAGGUGUGUGCGGAGGAGGCGUACCGCCUGACCAUGUCGCAGUACCGCGUCCGCAUCUCGACCGGGGUGGCCACCAACCACAGCCACCGAGACCAGGGCAGGGCGGAGUGGAUGCAGCCCAAGCUGCGGGCGAGGCGGGUGGGGCGCGAGCUGGCCUCGUGCGAGAGCGACCUCCCCGUCAGCGCCUCCAGCAGCGUCUUUGUGGUGGCUGACGAGGCCAACUGCAAUCUGUGGAAGGCCAUCAUCACAGGGCCUGAGAACACGCCCUACUGCGGCGGCUGCUUCCUGUUUGACAUCUACUUCCCUCCCGACUACCCGCGAGUGCCCCCUAAGGUCCUCAUCCGCACCACCGGCGGCGGCAGCGUGCGGUUCAACCCCAACCUGUACCAGGAGGGCAAGGUGUGCCUGAGCCUGCUGGGCACGUGGCAGGGCGGGCGCGGCGAGAGCUGGUCCCCAGACUAUUCAACUGUGCUGCAAGUGCUCAUCUCGAUACAGUCCCUCAUCCUGGUGGACGACCCGUAUUACAAUGAACCCGGCUACGAGCAGCGCGCCGACGACAGCAACAGCAACAGAUACUCGGCGGCGCUCAUGCCCAACACUAUCAAGUGGGCCAUGCUGGACCAGCUGCAGCACCCGCCGGAAUACUUCAGGGAGGUGGUGCAGCAGCACUUUAGGCUGCGGGGCGACUUCAUCCUGGCCAACUGCCGCAAGUGGGUGACGUGGUGCAAGGACAAGGGGCAGGCGGCGUAUGCACGCAGCAUAGAGCAGCAGCUGCCGGCGCUGGAGGUGGAGCUGCGCAAGCUGGCGCAGCCGCAGCAGCAGCAGCAGGCGGCGGGGCAGUGA